GAACUGCUUCCGUGUUCCGCGCGCAGCUUCCGGCAGCUGUGAGUUGAACAACAGUAGUGCGACAGCAGAGCUUCAUCCUCCUCAUCUUCAUCUUCAUCAUGCGCUGGUUCGAGGGUUCGAUCCCGGCGGCCAUCGCGGCAGCUAAAGAGCGCAGAUGUGUGUUUGUGGUGGUGAUCACAGGGAGUGAUGAUCAGUCCACUCAGCUGAUGUCCAGUUGGGAGGCGGACAGUGUGUGUGAAGCGGCUCAGGACUGCUGUGUGGCCAUUCGAGUGGACGCUGAGAGUGAAACAUGUGUCCAGUUCUCACAGAUCUAUCCCGUGGUGUGUAUCCCGUCCAGCUUCUUCAUCGGAGAGAACGGCGUUCCUCUGGAGGUGAUCGCAGGCAGUGUGACAGAGGACGAGCUCCAGCGCAGGAUCAGCAGAGUCACACAGAUGCACACGCAGCAGACGAGCGCAGAGCGAGCCAAUCAGACGCCCGUCUCGGAGCCGCAGGCUAAAGAAUCCCUGUCUGAGCCGAUGGAGGAAGACGGAGCGGCAGGUCAUGUGACUCCAGGUGAAGACGAGCCUCUGGAUACCAAAGUGGAGAGGAUAACGAAGAAGCUGGAGGAAAGACGCGAGCAGAAGAAGAAAGCAGAAGAAGAGAACGAGCUGAAGAAGGAGAUGGAGAGGCGUAAGAUGGGGAAGGAGGUGCUGGACUUCAAGCGUCAGCAGGAGGAAGAGAAAACCAAGCAUCUUCUGGAGGAGAGGAAUCGAGAGAAGGCUGAGGAGCGAGCGGCUCGAGAGCGAGUCAAGCAGCAGAUCGCUCUGGACCGUGCAGACAGAGCGGCGCGUCUCGCUCAGACUCAGCUGGAGGCAGACACGUCUCGGACCGCAGCGCUGCAGACCAGAGCCACACAACAGGAAGUGCAGAGAGAGAAGAGUGCGUUUACCAGGAUUCAGUUUCGUCUGCCUGACGGCUCGUCCGUCACCAACCAGUUCCCGUCAGAGUCACGUCUGCUGGAGGCUCGGCAGUUCGCCGCUCGGGAGGCGGGGAGCCGAUACGGUCAGUUCUCUCUGGCCACCAUGUUCCCCCGGAGAGAGUUCACAGCUGAGGAUCUGGAGAGAACACUACUGGAGCUGGAUCUGACCCCCAGCGCCUGCAUCGUGCUGCUUCCUCAGUCCAGAAGUGCAGUGGUGCGCUCGUCUGCGUCUGGAAGCGUCUGGGCAGCGCUGGGGUCACUGCUGUACCCACUGCUGUCCGUCUGGAGGUUCAUCAGCGGAUUCCUGUUCAGCAGCGCUCCUCCUGCUCCUGCGGCAGCCGCCGCCCACAACACACACGGCUCCGGCGCCGCCGCACAACCACAGAGAGAUGCGGUUCGUAAGAGGGUUCUUGAGAAGAAGCCUGAGGACUUCAAGAAAGAUGGGAAAAUAUACCGGCUACGGACUCAAGAAGACGAGGAUGACAACAACACCUGGAACGGGAACUCCACGCAGCAGAUGUAGCGUUAGGUUUGAGCGUGUGGCUUCAUCAUUCAGGGCUGUGGUUUCCAUUCCCCUUCCCUCCGGCUCCACCCCGCAUGGGUACAUCCAUACUUUAACCAGGACCACUCCGGGCUUUAGAAACACACAGGUUCAAGGCUUUGAUGCAUUUGUCAUCAGUCUGUUGUGAAUAUCUGAGGGUUUUUGGUGUUUUAUAUGGUGUACUCGACCCCACAGCCUCAUAAAGCACCUCGGCAGUUGAAUGUCUUUCUACUAGUCUGAGCACAGACGCUACUUGAUCCUUUAACCAUAGAAUAAAAGAUGUUUUUCAAUGAAACGCUCGACUGCAGUCAUUCUUCUCUUUUGAUUUUGAUCCUCUAGAACUGUCUGUGUGUUCAUUAAUGCAAUAAAAUAUUAAUCAUGUG